CUUUAAGCCUCGAAAGUGUGAAUCACAACCUCAGCCUUUAGAAACAAUCCCAGCUAACGUUUCCGUCGUCGUGUAGACCCCCGACUUCCGAUCACUUCCGCGAUUUACCGAACUGUACGCUUCACUUUUUUUUCCUGAGUGGAGAAAAAUGGCUUUUGAGUUGUCCGAAGAUCAGUUAAAAACAGCGGAAAACGAGCUGAAGAAAUAUUUACCCAUGUCGCAGCAGGUUUACGGUUUCCUGGUGCUCAGAAGCAGAGUCAGAUCCGACCCUGUACGGGUUUUAGUGGACAGGUGGCCACAGUUCCGCGUCAUUAUGUGCAAACCACACGGUGAACAGAAGAGUGACCUCUUCAAAGAUGCACUGCUUUUUGCAACUGAUGCUGCUGUUCUAGAAGAAAUCCUCAGCAAGUCAUCUGUUAUUGACUGGAGCAAGUACUUUUGUGUUGGUAAUGGCAACAAGCUCUCUUAUUGUUUGCAUUGUUACUGAAUCAGUUCAAACUGUUUAUUCGCUGGCUCCCACACUGCAGCC